CUGUGCAGGCAUCGAGUGCGACUCUUGUUGCCAUGACAGCGGACCGCUACCGCGUCAUCCUCCGCCCAAUGCACUCACUCCAUUCGAGGACGGUAACCAGAGCUAAUGCCAUCAACUUUGUUAUAUGGAUAGCUUCCUUCAUUCUCCACAUCCCCGCCAUGUUACUGAUGGAAGAGCACAGCGCCCCCGUUCAGGGAGACAAGUUCUGCGGUGCGCGUGGUUUCAGUACAGGCGGCCAAGGUGACCAACAGAAGUGGCUGUACGCUUUCCGUGCCUACCAAGUCUAUGCCAAGCUGAUCCUCUAUAUCCUGCCCUUCAUAGUGAUGUCCUACUGCUACCUUCGUAUUCUGAGGACUGUCUGGAGUAGCUUUUACCUGGCUAGUAUGGCUUCGGAAGCACAGCGCAAGAAGCGAUGGAAGGUCACCCGUAUGACGCUCCUGGUCGUCAUCCUCUUCGGCGUCUGCUGGGGACCUAUCCACGCCAUCAACCUAGCGACGUCGUUCCAGAUCGACGGCGAGGCCAUGCAGAGCGUCCAUCUCAUGCAUUUCACCUUCUUCUCGCUCUGUCUCGCCUACUCCAACUCAGCACUCAACCCUUUCCUCUAUGCGUUCAGCGGGAGGAGCUACCGCGAGAUGCUGCUCUACUCAUUCCAGUCGAGGAAGACCCGUCGAAAGUGCUCGAGUGCAUUCACACGAGGCACUCGACUCUACUCACCUCAGCAAUCUCUAAACUCUGUCGAACCUAACAACUCUGAGAAUAGAAGGGUUAAUAUCAGACCUAUCCUCAUUAGAAAAACGUUUCAAACGCUGCAAACGAACUCAUUAUGAACUUUGAAAAAUCUCAAAAACACUUUAUAAAUUUGUUUUUAAAUCAUUAUUCACAAGGAUGUCUAUUUUUGAAGUAUU